AUGGCCACGCAUCACCGUACUGAGCAUACGACCUCUGCCAAUUUUGUGCAGACUAGUAUAGAACGAGCGGAAGAAGCAACAAUGAUUUUACCAAACGAGGAAGAGCCUCUUCUGCAGUCAGAUGCAGUCGCGACCUGGAAACCACCCCCUGCCUUUUUAUGGAUUGAGCUUGCGAUCAUGUUGAAUGUCUUUCUUGGUGGCUUCGACGGCACAAUUACAGCAUCAACGUAUGCCGUCAUUAGUUCCGAGUUCAACGCUGCCAACACCGCCUCCUGGUUGACCACCUCUUAUUUGAUCACGAGCACCGCAUUCCAACCGCUGUAUGGGCGAUUCUCGGACAUUUUCGGCCGACGCUUGUGCUUCUUCACCGCGACUGUAUCGUUCAUGGCUGGUUGCUUAGGAUGCGCCGUCGCGAAGGAUAUCGUUUUUCUUAACAUCAUGCGUGCGUUGACUGGUAUUGGAGGUGGUGGUUUGAUGACAAUGGCAACGAUCGUCAACUCGGAUCUUAUUCCAUUUCGCCAACGUGGCAUGUAUCAGGCCCUUCAGAAUGGCUCAAACGGCUUUGGCGCUAUCUGUGGUGCCUCUUUUGGAGGUGCGAUCGUCGACACGAUUGGAUGGCGAUGGUGUUUCUUGUUGCAAGUGCCUGUGUCACUGAUGGCUCUGGUUCUCGGCUAUUUCGUUUUGAAGUUCCCGACAAAGGAGAGUGACUCUAGCAGCCAGCAGACUAGAGGAAUCUGGCACCAGAUUGAUGUAUCGGGAGCGUUACUUCUUGUGUUGGCUUUGUCAAGCCAGCUGGUCGGACUGAGUUUGGGUGGUAACGAGCUGUCCUGGACAAACGGCUGGGUAAUCUCGUCACUAGUUGCCAGUGUCAUAUUCCUUGCGGGCUUUGUGGCUGUCGAGGCAAAGACCACAGCUGCUCCUCUCAUCCCGCUCAAGAUGCUUCACGGGCUACUUCCAGUGUCGACACAAAUUGCCAAUGUGUGUGUUGGAAUGGCCGCCUACGCGUUCCUCUUCACGAUUCCCCUCCUAUUCCAAGUCAUUUUGCUUGAAAGCCCGACAAAAGCUGGCGCUCGCCUGGCGAUCCCCUCUCUCGCCACACCGCUUGGCGGAUUACUUUCAGGAGUUGUAAUGUCGCGUUGGGGAAAAUUAUCCUACCUUGUGCGCACAGGUGCUAGCUUGAUGUUCAUUGGUAACGUGCUGGUGAUGCUUUUGCGUUUCAAUGACUCGGGCUGGAAGUACUUUGUCUAUAUCAUUCCCGCCAAUCUGGGACAAGGAAUAGUCUAUCCAGGCAUUCUUUUUACGUUUCUUGCCGCCUUCGACCAUGCCGAUCACGCCGUCUCUGCUUCGACCGUGUACCUCAUCCGCUCCCUCGGGAACGUUUACGGUGUCGCCGUCACCUCAGCAAUCGUUCAAAAUACAUUGCGCUCAGGCCUCGCUGAGGCCUUGAGUGGACUACCAGACAAAUGGAAAGUGAUCGAUGAAAUCCGUCAUUCAGUUUCAGCUGUCCGUGAUUUGCCUCCUGACGUGCAGCUGGCCGUUCGGCUGGUUUACCACCGUGGUAUUCAGCUCUCUUUCGGCGCAUCAGCCUCAUUUGGGCUCAUUGCAAGCAUUGCAGCCCUUUUCACUCGCGGAAAAGGACUAGAACGUGCUGAUGGGGCUUAG